GGUAAGAAAAGAAGUGACCAGGAAAAGAGAGAGAGGAGAGAAAGAGAGUGACGGAAAGAGGGGAAAGCAGAGAUUUUAGAGAAAUAAACAGAAUGGAAGAGGACGGAGUGUAACCUGUGUGGAAGGGGAGAGGUGACAUGACUCUUUUCUGUCUUCUCGCGGUGUUUUCUGCUGUCCCCGUGAAGCCUUUGGGAAGGCUGAGUAGAGCUAUUGACAGCGUAAGGCCUUCCGUUUACAAACACACACACACACACUGACACACACCACAGCAGAGCACAUUAUUCAUGUGUGUUUCGGCUUUGGGGACGUGCAGAUCCCACUUUCUUUCCUCCACCUUGGAAGUUCCUGCUGGUUUUAUUUCGUCCAGUUUCGCUGAAAAUUUCCUAUUCGAUGCGUUUCUAUCUCUUUUUUUUUUAAUAUUUUCUUGUAGAGGUUGUUGCUUUUCUUGUGAUUUUAUUUGCCCAUCAGAGGGAUUUCACACUCCUGGAAAACAUUUAUAAUGGAUUUUUUAGAUUUUUGAUGUUUUUCAGGACUCAUCUCUGUUAACUUUAUCUGCGGCCUCCCGUUUCCUCUUGAUCAUUUAAACUUUGCUCAGCUCUACCGUGCCUCCGGUCUGCGCAUGGACAACAUGAACUCGUUUGUGGAAUACUCCAUUUGUAACCGACCGGGGACCAGCGCUUAUUCUGCGCCUAAAUCUGGAUACCACCAUCAUCAUCAUCUGCAUCCUCAUCCCCUGGAUCAGCAUCAGGUCUAUCCAGUGACCUCCGGCUCCUUCCACACGGGACACACCGUCUCUCCAGCCCCCGUUAACGGCACGAGAAGUGACAGCAGCGCCGGGGCAGCGAGUUACUCCGGGGAUGGGCGGCUGUACGGGGGCCCUGGAGGUGGAGGAACGCACGGGACCACAGGGGCGACCCAGCAUCAUCAUCAUCACGAGCAACAACAGCAUCAGCAGACACACAACGGCUACCAUCAUCAUCCUCACCUCCACCAAACCCAGAGCUUACAAAGCGGAACACUGUCUCCCUAUAAUAACGGGAAUAGCGGCAACACCGGGGCCUAUGCGGGCCAGGCGUGCGCCACAAACUCGGAGUAUGCUAACGCAAUAGGUCCUCCCAACACUGUUCACCCGCAAUAUUUCAUGGAGGAAUCUGUGGCCUCCACCUACUAUCAUCAAUCAACCUUCCCAAGCUCGGCCCCCACCGUCGGCCCAAGCUACGGGGCCCUGGCCGGGGCCUACUGCGGUCCUCAGGGCGCUCUGGCCGGGUCACAGUACCCGCAGCAGCUUGGCGGGGGUCUGGACGCAGCAGGCUACCUGGGGCUUUCACACGGGGGAGGUUACGGGGAACUACCGGUCUCCCAGGACCGAGAGAGGGGGGAUGAGGAGGGCCAGCAGGCAGGGCAGGGGCAGACUUUCGACUGGAUGAAGGUGAAGAGGAACCCUCCUAAAACAGUCAAAGUGUCGGACUUCGGCCUCGCGGGCGCACACAACAACGCCAUGCGCACUAACUUCAGCACGCGGCAGCUGACGGAGCUGGAGAAGGAGUUCCACUUCAGCAAGUACCUGACGAGGGCGCGGCGCGUGGAGAUCGCAGCCACGCUCGAGCUCAACGAGACGCAGGUGAAAAUCUGGUUCCAGAAUAGGCGCAUGAAGCAGAAGAAGCGCGAGCGGGAGGGCGCCUCCGCUACGGCGCGCUCAUCUUCCUCCGGUACCGACAACGGUUUCAACAAGGACCUGGAGGACACCGAUCACUCCUCCGCGUCCACGUCUCCAGGCGCGUCCCCGAGCUCGGAGACGUAGCCAGCGCGAGCAAUGUGACUGGUUGUGCAGAGGUGUCAGGGGGCCUGCUGUCUUGUACCGCUCAGUGAUGCGCUAUGGAAUGUAUUCAGUCGUCAGUCUACUUCAUCCACUUCUGCUUUGGUUACUGACUUCCUACAUGUCCCAGAAUUCCUCCUGAAAACCCACCAGCACCUGGAAUUUAACAUUCACUUUGUUUUACAUUUCGGUGGAGAUCCAGAAAAACUUAAUCACACCUGUUUUUGUUCUGGUAUAUGUGCUGCUUGGUCACUUGUAUUUUAAUGGGAGUUAAAAAGGGGUUUUCUUCAAGUAUGAAUAUGAACUACAGUGACUUAUUAAGACAUAAAAAGCACAGCAGCAGGAUAAACAAUAAGCCUGGCAUUGCUGAUAUUUUGAGGAUGCAAGAGCUGCCCUGAUGUAAUGACAAACAAAAGGGACAUGUGAAGCAACCAACUUGAGCAAACAUACGGCAUAUCCAGAUGACUGGUGAUGAAAGUUGUAGAAAUAUCAAUAAUGAAAAACCUCCCAUAAAUCUCUGACCACUUAUCUGGAAUGUCAAGUACAUUUAUUUUCCAGUCAAAGAUUUUGCAAAUUCUACCAAAUCAAACCAAAACACCACUCUUGUGGAAGCAUAUUUCAUGUUUUGGUGCAAAGACCAACCAGUUUGGGGUACCUUAAUGUAGCGGAUCCCAACCUGGAGUUUGGGACCUGGCACUGGGUCCAAAGAUAAAUCUGGAGGGUCGCAAUAAUUCAAAAAGUCUGAAAUGUGAAGUUCAGUUUGCUAUUUUUAAUUUUGAAGUAAUAAGUACCAUAACCACAUUAAAUUUGGCUGAAUAAACUGAUUAAAAGAUGAAGCUCUCUGAGGCCCCUCUCACCCUUUAAAGGCGCAACAUGGUUUAGUCCUUAUGCUGCUGGAGCACCAACAUACAUUAUCAUGUCUUUUCCCCAGAAAGGGAAAUUGGGGUUCCACAAAAAGAAAAGAAAGAAAGAAAGCAAACUGACUUUGUACAAAAAGAACAAAAAAAAAAAGAUCAGUGAGAGAGACAUGGACCCAGGGAGAAACUGUUGGGGGCCCCCAGAGACUGCUUAUGCAUAGGCCCCAGAAUUUGGUGCAACGCCUCCAUCGAAAAAAGUUGGUAGCCCACCAUUGCCUUCACAGACCUCUGGCAGUAACUUUCUGACAGCAUGGAUCACACAAUCAAAACCCAAUGCCUUUUGUAGAAAGAAUGUCUUCAGGGACAAUUUUCUUGAGAUAGUAGCCUAUGUUUUGGAGAAGCUGCUUGUUGUACUGAAAUAUCUGCUGAAUUAUUGUUGGACACAAACCUUUUAGGAGUGCUGGAGUUUAGACAGACACACAUAUUUGAGAUGUUUCUCCUUUAACCAGCACAGCACAGUGAAAAUAAUGUCUGGUGUACAGGGUGAUGAUAAUGAUGAUGAUGAUGAUGAUGAUGAUGAUGAUGAUGAUGAUGAUGAUGAUAGGAUGCACUUGGCCAUCUUUAUAUAAUGUCUGUUUUACUGGUAUUGGGUUAUUUAAGGUGGAUAAUAGGCCCACAUAAUUUCUGUUGAUAUUUAUGUUCCAUGUUUUUUGUUUGUUUGGUUGGUUUUUUUGGCCACAAUUUCUGUAGAAACUCAGUCCAUGACAUAGACUGAAAUCAUUAUGAGACACUAAAACUUGACGGAAAGCCUUCAUGAUUGAUAUCAAUGAAAAGCAGCUCAGAGAUACCAAACUGCAUCUACAUGACAAAUCAACAUACAGAAUCUGUUAAUUAAUUUUGUAAAUUCUGACAGGCUGCGGUCCAUCUGUAACCCAUAUACCAGCCUGAGCGCAGCCUAACUAAAUGAGCCUUAUGAUCAGGAAUACAGGGCGCCUCUGAUGGCAAAAAUACACUUCUGUCCAGUUUAUCUGGGUGUAGCUAUUUUUUUUGUUUCACAUUUACCUUUAUAACAUUUAACAUUGUUUUAUUUGUAUGUGUAUGUCUCAGCCCAUGCAGCUCUGGCCUUUGCACUAUGUGACUACAGGGUACGUUUUCAGACAAAGUGCACAAACACAAUAAAAUGUAAUAUUUUGUUUCUGUCAGUUUUUAUGAAUGAUGAAAAAAGCUGUAACACUUUUACAGUCUGAUUUACAGGAUUUUGUCGUGAACAUGUUAGUUAGACUCAGGGGAUAGUGUGUGUGUGUGUGUGUGUGUGUGUGUGUGUGUGUGUGUGUGUGUGUGCGCGCGCGGUGGGUCAUGAUUAAAGAAAACUACUGUGAAAAAAUGUUGAAGCCUGUUCGGCGCAGAUGUCAUUCCUGAAUGGGAAAAGUGGGGAAAUGAUAUUUUACUGCCUGUUCUUCCCCCUUGAGAAUAAAUUAUUGGAUGCAUUUUAUGUUAUUGAUUAUAGAUUAUGGGGAACAUGUGUAUGUGAAGGGGGUGUUUUUCUUGUGAAUGUUCUUGUUACUGCUGAAGGUCAUGAUACUUGUCAAAAUUACUAUAUGUGAAUAGUUUUUCUCCUCAUCACUCAGGAGUAAAUCUCUUCAUAUGUGUAAUAUUGUCAGGUUAAAGCUCGGCCUGUGAACUGAUGAUAUUUUUUAUAAUGAUGUCUGUUUUUUUUAAUUGAGAGCAGAUCGACUGAGUUUUAUUAGUUCUGCUGCCUUAGAGAUAUUCCCAAUCAUGCUCCUGUCUGUCUUUUUCUACUUUAAGCUACCUCAAUUAAAGAUUCUUCUG